GUGAUGAGGCUGAUCGACUGCUGAAACCCUUCAGAAACACACACCGGGAGUUCGGCGAUGCAGUGUUUGCGUGGCUAGUGCUUGACGACAAGCCAGUAUUUCAAUUUGGAUUCAAUUUGGAUAUCACAUCCAGCUCUUCUCAAUCAUAUCGGAGGUCAAACAUUUGUUUAGUGAUGGCAUUUGCCAUGUUGCGGCCCAUAGCCACUCAUCUGGCGUACCCGGAUGUUUCUAUGAUGUCCGAGGAUGAGGAAAACCGCAGCGAGAGCGACGGCAGCUCGGAGCAGAGCUACGGCUGCUGUCCCAGCGCGGAGAAGCGGCGGCGGAUGUCGCGCAAGACCACCGUAGGCAGUGUGGUUAUAGUGAAGCAGCGGAACGCAGCAAACGCGCGGGAACGUGACAGGACACAAAGCGUCAACACGGCUUUCACAGCAUUACGGACUCUAAUUCCCACCGAGCCGGUUGACAGAAAGCUGUCAAAGAUUGAGACUCUGCGCUUGGCCUCCAGUUACAUCUCACAUCUGGCCAAUGUGCUCCUGAUAGGGGACGGAGGAGAGGACGCGCAGCCUUGCGUGAGCGCGGUUUACAGCGCGCAGGGGGAUAGUGGAGGAAAACAGCCGCGCACCAUCUGUACUUUCUGUCUCAGCAGCCAGAGAAAAGGGAUAAAGGACUCGACUGACUGUGUCCGCAUGCGGGGAAUCGCUUCACUGCGCAUGUCUCGCCGGUAGCAGUGGCAGCAGCGGCUGCGGGAGGUGAAGUGACACUCAGGGAGAGCGAAAGGUGAGCGAGACUCCUCGCAACAGAGAUUUUCGGAAGACUCGCCAUUCAGACAAGCGACAAUUUCGAGUUUUUUUUUCUGUGUGUUUUGUAUAGUGAUGUGAACAUUUAAAAUGCAGUGCAUAAUUAUGUCUUUUUUCUUGUUUUCUUUUUUAAAAAGAGAUUUUAUACAUUUUAUACACAAAUUGUGAAGCGCCAUGGUGAAAAUAAAAUUUAUUUUUUCAAUUUU